UGCCUGCUGACGUCACGGUGGAUUAUUUAGACAGCCCGCUUCCUGUUGAGAGGCUCCACUCCUCCGGUCGCCUGUAGAGGUGCACGCCGCCCCUCCGCGGAGAGCUCCCCCACACUCCCAACCUCAGCCCGGAGAACACGUCGAUCUUUCCGGUGGAGUGUCGUCAAGGAACUCGCUGAUUCCGGACUGCAGCCAUCAUGGUGAACAUCCCAGAAUAUUACGCAGGAAAGAAAGUGCUAAUCUCAGGAGCUACAGGCUUCAUGGGGAAGGUUCUGCUGGAGAAGCUGCUGAGGUCCUGCCCAGAGGUCGGAACCGUCUAUGUGAUGGUCCGGUCAAAGGCUGGGCAGAGCCCUCAGGCCCGUGUUGCUGACAUGGUUAACUGCAAGCUGUUUGAGAAGUUGCAGGCUGAGCAGCCGGGCUUUGCAGAGAAGAUCUUGGCGGUCAACAGUGACCUCACAUUACGAGAGCUGGAUCUGAGCAAGGAGGACCAGAGCAUCCUGGUAGAAAACGUCAACGUAGUCUUCCACUGCGCUGCCACCAUCCGCUUCAACGAGCCGCUCAAAGAUGCUAUGCAGCUGAAUGUCCUGGCCACACAGAAGAUGCUGGCUCUGGCCCACAGGAUGAAGCACUUGGAGAUCUUUAUUCACGUCUCCACAGCGUACGCCCACUGUGACAGAGAAGUCAUUGAGGAAGUGGUCUACCCUCCCCCCGUAGACUACCGCAAACUCAUUGACACGCUGGACUGGAUGGACGAUGACAUGGUGUCAACACUGACCCCCCAGCUGAUCGGGGAGCGUCCCAACACGUACACCUUCACCAAGGCUUUGGCCGAGUACCUGGUGCUGCAGGAGGCUGGAGACAUCAACGUUGCCAUCGUCAGGCCCUCCAUAGUUGGAGCCAGCUGGAAAGAGCCCUUCCCCGGUUGGAUUGACAACUUCAACGGGCCCAGUGGAAUAUUCAUUGCAGCUGGAAAGGGAAUCCUGCGUACGAUGAGAGCCUCGAACAACGCUGUGGCUGACCUGGUACCAGUCGAUGUGGUCAUCAACACCACUCUGGCUGCAGCCUGGUUCUCUGGAUCUCAGCGAGUUAACAGGCCUAAAAACAUCCUGGUGUACAACUGCACGACCGGCAGCAUCAACCCGUUUCACUGGGGGGAAGUCGAGUACUGUAUAAACAUGACCUUCAAGACCAAUCCCUUAGAGCAGGCCUUCAGAAGGCCCAAUGUCAAUCUGCGCUCCAACUCUUUUACUAAUCAGUACUGGACCACCGUCAGCCACACGCUGCCGGCGCUGCUCUAUGACGGCUAUCUCAGGUUGACGGGCCACAAGCCCCGGAUGAUGAAGACCAUCAAUCGCCUCCACAAAGCCAUGAUGGUCCUGGAGUAUUUCACCAGCCACUCGUGGGUGUGGAACACCAACAACAUGGCCGUCCUGCAGGCCAACAUGAGCCCUGAGGACAAGAAGGUUUUUAACUUUGAUGUUCGACAGCUGCACUGGGCGGAGUACAUGGAAAAUUACUGUAUGGGCACCAAAAAAUAUGUCCUUAAUGAGGAGCUUUCAGGGCUGCCGGCUGCACGCAAACACCUCAACAAGCUGAGGAACAUCCGCUACACCUUCAACACCAUCCUGAUGGUGCUCAUAUGGCGCGUCUUCAUCGCCCGGUCCCAGAUGGCCCGAAACAUCUGGUACUUCGUGGUGAGCCUCUGUUUCAAAUUCCUCUCCUACUUCAGAGCUUCCUCCACCAUGAGAUAAUGAGCUGGGGUCACGGUGGCGGGUGGAGAGAUGAAGUGAGGAAAACAUCAACUGCAGAGGUGUCUGCACCGAGAGCUCUGCUAUCUCCUGAAGAUUAAGGAAUGAAACUCCGUGAAUACAGAAAAUAAAGAGCUAGAGGACAAGCCGGGAGUCUGCAGCAGUCUAAGAUCGCUUUAACCUGAACUCUGCCGCUUCAUUGAACAGGAUUUAUCCCAAAACGUUCCUCGGACCUACAGCACUUGGACUAGCUUUCCAUUUCACUUUGCACUGGAUGUUCUGCUCCAACGGGCCUCCUCUGGUUUCUGAAACCAUUCAGGCUUCUAGCUCUUUUUUUUUUUUUUACAUUCAUUAAAACCUUUUUUUUCCCUUCUCCUUGAAUCCAUGUUCACUGGCAGCAGCGUUCCAGGGAUGUUUGCAGACCUGUUAUGGGACAGCACGACAUUCAGGUCACCCCUACCCACACCGGCUAAACUAAAGCCGUCUUAACCAGCUUUUAAACGGGUUUAGAGGGUUCUGUUAGUGCCGAGUCAUGCCUCACCCGGAGAUCUCACUGGCCUGAACCACUCCUGUUUCCUCGUAGAAACCGGCUUUACCGAGUGCCUACACACCAACUCUUCUUGCAACAGCUUUUUUUCUAGUUCGGGUUACAUUUUGAGACGAUAUUUGUUCCUGUCGAUGUUUCUCCUUUUGCCAAAAUCACUCACCUGAGAGGAGAAUGUUUUCUUUUUGGAUUAUUCUCUUUUGUUUCCUGUUUGAUUUGAAAUUGAAUAGUUUUGUUUGUGCAAAUUUGUUCUGUUACACGAUUGGUUGUUUUCAUUUCUUCUUGAUUAGGUGAAAAACAACAACUUGAAGUUACUGGAACCUGCUUCAUGUAUCUCCUGUUACAUUAUUUAUGAGUUUGGUGCAAAGACGGCGGUUCUGCCUGAUGAUCAUUUUUGUCUUAAUGCCUCCAAACUGUUUGGUGUACCAGCAUCAACCUACAUAAAAACCCUGGAUUGUGCCUCAACUCUUGUCAAUAUUUUAAUGUGAAAAGAGCAGCAACCUGUUUUCUAAUUAUUUUGUGUACAGCUUUAUUUAGCUAGACUGUAAACAAUAAUAAACAUGUAUUUUCUGCUAA